UCUACUCGAGGGAUGUAAAAAGAAUAUCUUCGUUGCAUUUGUUCAGCUUCCCUCGUUCUUCGUGAAUCCAAGGUUAUUCGGUUCGGACAAUGUCGGCUUCGUGUGCUGCAGCACCUUCUGUCAGAACAGAGUUCUUCACAUCAUCAUAUAAAAGAUCAAACUUUCCUGCAAGAUUGUGUCAAACCAAAAAUAAGCAUGAGAUUAGCAGAAGAGAUUUUGCAGUGAGAGGAAUUCUGGCUUCUGGAGUAUCUGUCAUGGGUGCUUCUUCCUCACCUCCAGCUGCUGAGUCUGUUCAAGCCGAAUCUUUGAGGUUGCCAUUCAAGCCGGAAGGGUAUGACUAUUGGAGAUGGAGGGGUCACAAGAUCCAUUAUGUGGUUCAAGGGGAAGGCUUCCCAGUUGUUCUUAUACAUGGAUUUGGUGCUUCUGUCUUCCAUUGGAGGUACAACAUACCCGAGUUGGCCAAGAAGUACAAGGUUUAUGCCUUGGACUUGCUCGGGUUCGGAUGGAGUGACAAAGCCAUAAUAGAGUAUGAUGCCAUGGUUUGGAGAGAUCAAGUUGCUGAUUUCUUGAAAGAGAUUGUGAAAGAGCCUGCGGUCGUGGUCGGAAACAGCCUUGGCGGUUUCACCGCCUUGUCAACGGCCAUAGGAUCACCCGAGCAAGUGGCCGGAGUCGCUCUCCUAAACUCUGCGGGACAAUUCUCGGACUCUAGUAGAAGAUCAGAGGAGACUAAUGAGAAUGGGUUUGGCAAGUUUGUUCUUAAGCCAUUGAAAGAGAUUUUCCAACGAGUGGUUCUAGGGUUCUUGUUCUGGCAAGCCAAGCAGCCUUCUCGGAUUGAAUCUGUCUUAAAGAGUGUGUAUAUAAACACUGCUAAUGUCGAUGACUAUCUUGUAGAAUCUAUAUCUAAACCAGCAACAGAUCCUAAUGCAGGAGAAGUAUACUACAGAUUGAUGACACGGUUCAUGAUGAACCAGAGCAAGUACACUCUAGACAGUGUCCUGAGUAAGAUGACUUGCCCACUGCUGUUGCUGUGGGGAGACUUGGACCCGUGGGUUGGCCCUGCAAAGGCUGAGAGAAUCAAAGAAUUUUACCCAAACACAUCGGUCGUGCACUUACAGGCAGGACAUUGUCCGCAUGAUGAGAUCCCGGAAGCUGUCAACAAAGCUUUGUUGGAUUGGUUAUCCACGGUAACAUCCACCCGAUCCCCUCAAGUCCUGGAGAUGUAAAGGAUCUUCCUUUUUUUCCCGGUCUGUAGUUACCAUUUUGUUUUAGAAGUGAAAGUACAGUUGUACAUAUAUUGCUACCCAACUUCAACCGAAGGAGGAAGAUUACUCAA